UUAGAUAGUAUGUUUACUUUGUGAUUAUAUGUAUUCUAGAACUCAAGCAGGACUGAGUAAACUAUGCUUGAGUAAACAUGACUUUGCUGUUUGACAAUAUGGAUGAAGAAAAACAUACAGGAGUUGUAAAUUUAUAUUGCACAAGAGGCCAGGACUAUAACAAGUGGAUUAAAAUUAUAAGAAAGAGGUUCGGGUUACAGAUUAGGAGGAACUGCAGGAUGCACAUGAAAUAAUGAGUAUUCAUUUCCUUAAAGUUUUUAAACAAGCUGCCAGACAUCCUCAAGUACCAUAGCAAGUGGGAGGGGCAGUUGGCUGCUUCCAAGUCUAUGAAUAGCAUCUUCCUGUAAACCACUGUGGAAAGUCCAAAUUCAAACGCAAUUUGUGUUGAUAAGCAUUUGAAAGAUAUACAUUCUAUAAACUGUAUCUUGAUAAUCCCAAAUCAGCUAGCUUCCAGAUCUUUUCUGACAACAGAUAAAGUGGUGGUUCUUCUAUAAUAAAGCCCCAUUUCCAAUUACACAAUCAUAAGAAGCGUUAGAUAAAACACAGAUUGUACGUCUUCUUAAAAAGCUGGCAUUCCUAGAGACACACCUACUUUCAGGUAAAGCCAGAAUGUUCAGACCUUUACACAAUACCUGCAAGACAACUUUAUGGUACCUAUAUUUGUGUGUGGGGCAAGUGGGAUAGAAGAACCCUUAAUUACAGCACCCCAGAGGGCAAAGCCUACUUCCUUUGGACUGAUUUUGAAAAGCUAAGCAGAAUCAGAAGCAGCGCCACCGCCGGUACGUUCGUUCCUUCGGCCGUGUUGGACCAUUCAGACAUGCAAAAGCCUCGCUGGAGGUUGAAGCCUCCCGGGCGCUCAACGCGUGAACUAGCUUGCAGCUGACUCUUUGCCUGCCCCACCCCCGAGCGCAGAGCAUCACCUCGGCUUCGACCUGCUGCGCAGCCCAGUUCUUGGCAAAGCCAGGCCGCGGGAGCCGGAGGAGCGACACAGAUCGCGCUGCGCGGCCCGACGCUUCUCUUUUAAAUUUGGCGACAGGCGAGGCGCACCUUCCCGCGGCGAGCACGUGACGCCCGGGGAGGCGGGGCGAGCGACCCGGAGAGGCAGGCGGCGGCGGCGGCGGCGGUGGCGGCAGCAGGGCCGGAGGAGGGAAGAAAGGGAGGCAGCGCCGGGCAGAAGGAGGGCAGCGGACGGAGGCGUCGCCUUUAAAUGCUCUCGGCCGGGCGGUGGCGCGAAGGCAGCGCGUGUGGAGCCUCCGGGCGAGGGAAAGAGAAAGCGCUCCGAUGCGCCCUGGACCAUGAGCAGCCCAGCAGGCUCCGUCGCCCUGCGGGACACCCUCGCCGCUCUCUGAAGCCCUUCUCCGGCUGAUGCUUCCUCCCCGCCAGCAUGUCCCGGCGAAAGAUCUCCUCGGAAUCCUUCAGCUCGCUCGGCUCGGACUACCUGGAGACCAGCCCGGAGGAGGAGGGCGAGUGCCCCGUGGCCAGGCUUCUCUGGAACGGCAGCCGGAGCCCCGCUGCCCAGUCCGGGGCUACCACUCCGGUGGCUACCGCUCCUCCGCCGCCUCCGGAGGCUUUGGCGGCUGCGGCGGGUCCCCCUGGCCCGGCCCCCGCGGGCUCUCGGCGGGUUCCUCGCAGAAGGCGGGUCAACCUCGACUCCCUGGGCGAGAGCAUCAGCCGCCUCGCCGCCCCCACGCCACAGACCAUAAGGCAGACUCUCCAGAGGACACUACAACAUUAUGAGCAUCAAGUUAUUGGUUAUAGGGAUGCUGAAAAGAAUUUCCACAAUAUUUCCAACCGAUGCUCCUACGCAGACCAUUCUGGCAAUGAUGAAACUGAAGAUGUCUCAGGAAUUCUCCAGCGUACAGCAAAUAUUCUUGGUUUAAAGUUUGAGGAGCUACAAGAGAAAUUUGGGGCUGAAUUCUUCAAUAUCUGCUUCAAUGAGAAUGAGAGAGUUCUUCGAGCUGUGGGUGGCACCUUGCAAGAUUUUUUUAAUGGCUUUGAUGCUUUGUUGGAGCACAUAAGGACUUCGUUUGGGAGGCAGGUCACUUCAGAAUCCCCUUCUUUCCUAUGCAAAGAGCUCCCUGAAGGCAACCUUAUGCUUCACUACUUCCAUCCCCAUCAGAUUGUUGGGUUUGCCAUGAUGGGCAUGGUGAAGGCAGCAGCAAGGAAGAUCUACCAAAUGGAUGUUGAAGUGGAGCAGAUUGUAAACGAUAAACUAUGUUCUGAGGACCUAAACCCAGGCAACUGCAGCUGUCUCACUUUUAUUAUCAAAGAGCAUGAAAGUGCACAUAUCACAAAAGCGCUUCCUCUGGGGACAUCUCAAUCCCCCUCAGAUCUGAGGAUAAGCAUUAACACCUUCUGCCGUGCUUUUCCUUUCCAUCUGAUGUUUGAUCCCAGCAUGCUGGUACUACAGCUGGGUGAAGGACUGAGGAAGCAGCUCAAGUGUGAGGUUCAUAAGACAUUGAAAUUCCAGGACUGCUUUGAAAUUGUUUCUCCAAAGAUUGCAGCCAUGUUUGAUCGUGUCCUUCUGAGACUCUCCACCCCUUUUGUGAUCCGAACCAAACUUGAAGCCUCUGGCUCUGAAAAUAAAGACAAGGUCAUGGAAAUCAAAGGACAAAUGAUCCACGUCCCAGAAUCAAACUGUAUUUUGUUUUUGGGCUCACCAUGUGUGGACAAGUUGGAUGAACUGAUGGGUCGAGGCCUCCACCUUUCAGACAUACCAAUUCACGAUGCUACCCGUGAUGUCAUCCUUGUCGGGGAGCAGGCUAAAGCCCAGGAUGGCUUGAAGAAGAGGAUGGACAAGCUUAAAGCAACAUUAGAACGAACGCACCAAGCUCUAGAAGAGGAGAAGAAGAAAACAGUGGAUCUUCUUAUCUCAAUCUUCCCAGAAGAAGUGGCCCAGCAGCUCUGGCAGGGGCAGCAAGUUCAAGCCAGAAAAUUUGAUGAUGUUACAAUGCUCUUUUCAGACAUUGUUGGCUUCACUGCUGUCUGUGCCCAGUGUACACCCAUGCAAGUGAUCAGUAUGCUCAAUGAGCUUUACACCAGAUUUGACCACCAAUGUGGAUUCCUAGAUAUCUAUAAGGUGGAAACAAUAGGCGAUGCAUACUGUGUGGCGGCCGGGCUCCACAGGCAGAACCUGAAUCAUGCAAAGCCAAUUGCCCUGAUGGCCCUGAAGAUGAUGGAGCUGUCAGAGGAGGUGCUCACACCCGACGGAAGACCAAUUAAGAUGAGAAUAGGUAUUCACUCAGGAUCUGUUCUGGCUGGAGUUGUUGGGGUGAGAAUGCCCAGAUAUUGUCUCUUCGGCAACAAUGUCACCCUAGCAAGUAAGUUUGAGUCAGGAAGUCAUCCACGCCGCAUCAACGUCAGCCCAACGACCUAUCAGCUUCUGAAAAAAGAAGAAAAUUUUAUCUUCAUUCCUCGGUCCCGUGAAGAGCUUCCAGAAAACUUUCCAAAGGAAAUUCCUGGGAUUUGUUAUUUCCUGGAGGUCAGAACUGGUCAGAAGCAGCCAAAGUCCUCUGUCACAUCUGCCAGAGUGAGAAAGAUAUCCUACAACAUUGGCACCAUGUUCCUUCGGGAAACGAGCCUAUGAAGCCUGUUGCAGAUCAAAGACUCAUCAAAAAAGCACAAGCCCAGAACUGGGUCAUGACAAGAGAGAGGAGAGUCUUUCUUUUUCACUGCAUUGUUCCAAGAAAAGCAGUAAAAGCUCUGUGAAAUGUCAGGCAAUAAUUCUUUUUAAAGGUGGGUGACUGCUGUCAGUAAAAAAACUGGAAAGUGGCAAACAAGGGAGCAGGGAUUUCUUUUUUUUUUUCUUUUUUUUUUUUUACAAAAUUCAAAUUAACAAAAUAUUUCUCUGUUGCCAGAGAUUCUACUGAUCAUAAAUAUCAGAAUGGUGGAGGUUUAUUUGGUUUGGUUUUAGAAAAGGAAUCUAAAUUAAAUAACUGUGGAGAUAUCCCAAUAAGUCAGAGGUAGCUUGUAGCUGCCUGGUUAUCAUUGGAUGCUAACUCCCAUCCAACAUGGCCAGAGAUAAUGAGGUUCUUGCCAUAUUAACAUUAAGAGGGGCCCGGGUUGCUGACCGUAACAUCCAUUAAAAUAGAGUACUUUGUGGGUUGUAUUGCUUUCUUCUGAAAUGGGCCAUUGUUGUAUGCAAGUGUUGAAUCCUUGCUCUUGUUCUUAUCCUCUUUUUAUCUCAGUAGAAUCAGGGUUCUCCUGAUCUUUUAACCAUGUGCACCUGAACAAUUUAUACAAAAGCUAUAAACAGUGUUAGCCAAAGUUCAACCAGAGAUUGCUCAGAUUAUGAUACAUUCCUACAUUUGAAGGAUUUAUUGCUGAGGAUGAGAACAUUUCUGGUUGAUUGCCAUUCUUUAACCACUUCGUACAGAUACUGUAAAGAUUAUUUAUAACCUUUUUAGAAGAAGAAAUUUUAAUUUGGGAUAUGAUAUAUUAAGGAUUUUACCCUUUUUAAAAACCCACAUUUCACUUUUAGGGCAAUAUUCUAUAGCAAAUAUGAAGCUGGCUAGCUUGUUUAUAUUUGAUAGGUAUCCAAUUUAUGAAGUGGGAUGAUAACAAUAACACAAUUGUAUUGCAGUCUGCAAAGAACGAUAUUUUAGUGAUUUUCAUUUUCUGCAAUAUGUUUUAUCUAUCCACAACCAUGUUCACAUUACUCAUGCUGAUAAUAAGUGUCCAAUAUUGGGAUAGUAUAAAAAGAGCCAUGCUGAUCAUGUCUGUGAAGAUUCUCAGUCAUCCAAGUGAUAAUUGUCUCAAAGGUGCUUUUUUCUUCAGAAGGCAACUGGACUGUUUUUUCUUUAAGGGAGAAGAAGAAAACAUUUUGCUCUCAUCCAAGAAGC